CGUUUGUCAAUUCAGUUUUACAGUUAGUAUACAAUCGGUAACAGUUCUCGAGUAAAUUUCUGUUUUAUUAUUUCACACAAUAAAUUGUGACGCGCUGUAAAAGUCAGUGUCUAAAUUCAACGUGCAUGAAAAUAAGAGAAAAAAGAAAAACGUAGAAUCUAAAGGCUCCAUAAUGAGCUCCACUAAAAAAAUUCGGGCUCAGCCAAUUGGCGCUGCAGAACGUCAAGAUGCAGAGUGGACUGAGUACGGUGUGCAACUUCUAUAAGAAUCAAGCGUGCGGUGCAUCUGUGGCAACCAUGGAUGGCUUUGGCAGUGCAUCCAAGAGUGUCUUAAGAAAGAACAACAGCAACAACAGCAGCAGCAACAAUUACACGGGACGAGUUAGUAAAUUGAUUGGCGUGAAGAAGACUCUGGUCAAUCAGAUGCAGGGCAUGUCACAAAAGUCGCGACCGAAGGGCAAAUUGCGUUCACUAAUGCAACCGAUGAGCUCCAAGUACAGCAUCUACGGCCAGACAACGUUGUUCUCCUCGAUGAGCAGCCUGCCGGGCAGCAGCAGCGUUUCUCCCUCGCUGAGCCAUAGACGUGGCAUGUCAAGCUUUGGGCAGCAGAAUGCAACGCGCUACAUUGUCCAUCAGCGUUAUCAUCAGGCCAGCAAGUUCCAGGAGAAGCUCAACGAGGACAUUGCCCGAGAUAUUAGUCUGUCCAUCAAGGCUGAGCUGAUGGAUGUCGAUACGGAUACAAAGCGACUUAUCAGCUGUGCACGCUCCAAGUAUUCGACGGCACCACAGGGUGCAUCAACAGCAGUUGUUGGCGAAAGCGAUGGUGGUGAGCAGCUGGAGAAGCAACGCUACAAGCAGCCACGUGCCAUGAAAGUUCCCAAUUCGCCGCUGAACAUCGCCGACGAUCUCAUGAAGCAGAGCAAACCUCUGCGGAGGAAGACGGCCAAUGUGCGCUACAAGGACGAAUCGCGUGCGGCGAACUUGGCAAGUCAACUGCACCUCAGCCUGCCAAGUCUGACGAGCCGCAAGCUGCAAACGCAGUGGGGAGAACUCUUUGCCAAGACCAGCAUGGAGCGCACAAACUCGAAUCGCAGCAGCAACCGACAUCAGAUGCAGCUGCAACAGCAACCGAAGAAACUGAGGCAACAGCAGCGGCAAGAGAAACUUGAUGACGAUGAAGACGACGAUGGUGAUGAUCUGAUGCAUGUGCCAGCAGUGAACUCGCUUAAGAGGAACACUAAAGAGAUGGCUGCAAACAAAGCUGCUGCUGCUGAAGACAAUGACUGUGAUUUCGAUAACAAUCGUGAUCGCUAUAUGCAGACAAACACGGAGCGCGACUUCCUCGAUCGCAACAUCUUCAGUUCGAAGCGCGGCGAGGAUGUCGACAGCAGUCGCAUGGAUGAGCAGAAUUACCAAUCCAAGACUGGUGCCAAUUUGAUGAGCGCCUCGCAACGCAUCAUCAACAAACAGUAUGCGGGGUAUCGCAACAAGCCUCAAGUCCAUCUAAUCAAACAUGUGGCGCAGCCGGUGAACCCAUCGCCGCCAGUGAAGAAGACAAUGCGUCCGUCCUCGCGUUCCAAAGGCAUUGCACGAUCCAAGGAAUCGGUCAAUGGGCCAAAUGCCACACAGGUGUGGAAACGGCAGAAAUCAGAGCCAGCUAAAUCCAUGGACGAUCAGUAUUUAGGCAAAAAGCUGGCACCUUUCUGGAGUGGCAACGAUUCGCAGUCACCAUCGCCAUCGAAAAUCCAAAUGGGUGAGAAGCGACAGGAGUUCAAGGAUGAUGGCUUUGUCGACAUGUUGCAGAACGACAUGGCAUUGCCAGUGGAAUAUACCAAGGAGUCCGCUGUGCAACGCUUGAGCACGACGGUCGAGAAGCGUACCUCAAGCAUGUAUCAUGGAUUGCGUUCACGUCAAUAGUCAGUCAGCAUUGUAUUUCCUUCUCGUCUUUGCGUCGCGAUGCCAAGAGACAGCUCAAAAUUUUUAAAUUCCUCGAUAGUAGUUUGCGUACGCCAGACUGUGUUCUCUGUAUUUGAGCCCCAAAUUGAGUUUAGAUAAAUGUCCCUACUUUUAUAUUUUGUCGAAUAAAACAAAUUGAUUUGCGUAA